AUGAAGCAGAGCAAGUUUACCAAACGAAUAUUCAGAAUAUUCGACGAAGACGGAAGCGGGUCGGUGGAUUUUCGAGAAUUCGUCAUGUCGUUGUGGAACUACUGCACGCUCUCCAAGGCCGCGUUGAUAAUGUUUGCGUUUGAUCUGUACGACAACGACAAUAGCGGCGAAAUCGACAUUGGCGAGGUGGAACUCCUGCUGAAGGAGGUGUACGGGCGAGAGUUCCAGUCCAACACCCACGCGCAGACGAUCAUGGCAAAGCUCAGGGGUAGCGAGUUGGGACUGGCGAGAAAUAUCAACGUGGAUCAGUUUCGAGAGUUUUGUAGGACGCACCCCGCUGUGUUGUACCCGGCGUUCGUUCUACAAACGCAGAUGCAAGAGAAAAUUCUGGGCUCCAAGUUUUGGAUUGCGUGCAGCAAUGCACGGGUGGCACUGUCCAGUGGGGCGUAUGUCGAUAUCGCAGCGAUCCUACAUGCCCAUGUCAACGAAAAGGCCUUUGCAGCUCUCGUUGACUCCAAAGACGCCGUGACAGGGAAACAAGUGACUCCCUUGGCGGACUCUGACAACGUUGCGAUGCUCCAAAUGUCUGGUACCUUGGCAAACAGGUGA